AACUGUCAAAAAUCAUCACAAAAAACAAUGUGAGUCUCAUAGAACAACAAAAAUAAAUUCCGUGAGUCAAUUAUAAUUUUGCGAUUUAGCAAUGCUCGAAGAUGAGUAUAUACCACGACGAAGUUGAAAUUGAGGAUUUUGAGUACGACGAAGAAGAGGAUAUAUACUACUAUCCAUGUCCUUGCGGCGAUAGAUUCGAAGUGACGAAGGAGGACCUGAUUGCUGGCGAAGAAAUUGCUACCUGUCCGAGCUGUUCGUUGGUUAUCAAAGUUAUAUAUGAUCCGGAAAUGUUCAAGGCAGAAGAGGACGAAGUGGUGUUGAACGAAAAACUGAAAGAACUCAACAUUGAGAGCAAUUGAUUGGUUCCAACCGGUCAUUUGAUGAUUUUAUCCUGUACACUUCACAUGUUAAGUAAUAUAGAAAAACAAAUUUUGUUUUAAAAA